AUGAGCCAAGAUACAUUGCUUACCAGCAAGUCCUCUGACUCAUCCUCUCUUGCACAUGGUCUGUCCCUCCAACAGACCUUCGUAUUCAUCAACAUCCUUGCACGCCUCAAGAACGACAUCUUCUUGGUCCAACCGUCCAGUUUUGGUAAUGAGGACUGUGCUCCUUCCGUGUUGCCUCCCUCUAUUCUUGCUUUCACCUCAGAUGCACUUGGUAUUGAUGAGGGAAUGGUAGAGAGUUUGUGGUUGGCAUAUAAAGAGGAAAUAUGGGGCUGGCCAGCAUCUGAGCCAACGGACGAGGAGGAGAAGCUAUUCCAUGAACACGGCUGGAAGCGUGGUCUCACUUCUCUUGUACUCUAUCCACCAACACAUUUCUGCGACAAUCCAGCUUGUGGUCGGCAGAGCCCGCUUAAAAAGGCAACUUCUAGGCAGGUUGUUGUUUACACCCUGGCCCGUGGAGUUCUCCCAGCAUACGAAAUCAAGCUUUACUGCCCCAACUGCUUUACAACAUACUUUCCCGACUUCUCCGUUCUCAAGGGCAUUCGCACUUACUACGCCAUUGAUGAAAUCCCAGGCUAUAUUCAAGUCGGAGCUCAUCAGUUUAUCGAAAAGCGCCUCGUCACUCUAUGGAUUACCAUGAUGCUUGUUGCAUGGGUCUCGGGAACGAAUUGUUCACGAAUCUAUGAUCUCGCACUCUCGCAAGUCGACAAUGAACUCUUCGAAGCUGGAGGCUGGCAAUUUGGCUGUGUUCUAACGACAAACCAUAUCUGGGAUGCCUUUACGCUCUAUACCCUACUUGACUAUCAUCGUCGUAGGAAUACUCGGCUUGUUCUUCCACACACCGGUCUUCAGAAAGACAGAAUGACAAUGGCGAUGGAGGCACGGAAUGAGGAGGUUAUUCAACGAGGAUUUGAAGAAACCCUUGGACAUGAAGACAUACAGGUUGUAGUCACCGAUGGCCUUGCCAUUGGUCAUCCACGGUGUCGAGAGCCUCAUUGUACCAUCCCCCUUAACAGCAAUCAAGAUCGCUUCUGUCCUACCCACGCUUUCAGAAUCAACGAGUGUGCUGUUGUUGGGUGCAAUCAUCAUGUUCGUUCUGGCUACAAAACAUGCGAUAAUUCAGAGCAUAUUGAGAUGGAGGAUUUACACACUGCCCGUGGUCAGGCUGCUUUUACACUUCGCAACCGCCUUAAUCGACAUCGAACGGCACAUCCACACGAUAUUGUUGCUGGCGAUAGUAAUGGAGACCAUUGGGUGUCAGAGGAUGCUAUACAGGAGGAUGAUGAAUGGACUCAACUUCGUGGACGACGAAAACAACGUGCUCAUUUCAGCCGUGCUCAUACUCAUAAUGAGCAGACACUCGUUUUCCCCUGUGGUCUAAUUGCAAGUCGAGCGACCUUCUAUGAGGCCGAGGCUGUUUCCAACGUUCUGGUUUUUGUCGAGAAGGCCUAUUCUGUUCCCCAUGCCCGAAAGCCUCAUCAUUUGAUAUACGACAGUAACUGUGAUGCAGCUCAGCAAGUUGCUGCCAACGAAGAUUGGUCGUGGUUUGACGACAUAGGCAUGUUUGUUGAUGUCUUUCAUUUCAAGAACAAGCACGACGCUAGCCACACAUUCUGUCAAGAGAACUGUAAUCCAGCCGAUUGUCCACAUCUUAUGGAUGGUGACAAAUGGUACUUCAACACGUCGGUUGCAGAGCAGAUGAAUGUGUGGCUCGGUGGUUAUCUUGCAAUUGUGCGAGAAAUGCUUCCAGUCAAGUAUAAUUUCUUCCUUAAUGAGAUGAUUCGUCUACAUAAUCAUAUUACGCUACAGAAGCUUGAAGACGGUGGACAUAAUGUACGCGUACUCCCCCCUCGCGGGCCCCUUCCUUCCUAUAACCGUCGUAGAAUAUAA